AUGUUCAUCCCGUCCUCCUCUGGCCCAGGACUAUUGCCGCGCUUCUUUGCCGCCUCUCGCGCCCAACCUGCAGCAGCUGCUCGACUCUUUCUGGCCGGUUCUCAGAGCCAGGCCCUCUCCACGUGUGCUGUCCAGUCGCCACUGUCACGCGCUGCAUACUUAUCAGGCCGCCCGCGAGUCUUUGCUGCUGGUCUGACUGCGGCUUCCAAUCGUCGGAUUGUCAGACACCACCGCCGGAGCUACAACCAAGCCCACGGUGACACCGCGGCAAACGACAUGAUUGAGACGAUCGACACGAGCGCACGCCUCGAGGCGUUGCGGACCUUGAUGAACGAGCACCACAUUGAUAUAUACAUCGUCCCGUCGGAAGAUGCCCACUCAUCCGAGUACAUUGCGCCUUGCGACGGUCGGCGGCAGUUUAUCAGCGGCUUCAGCGGUUCGGCAGGCUGUGCCAUCGUCACGCUCAGCAAGGCUGCGCUGGCCACAGACGGUCGCUACUUCAACCAGGCCUCCAAGCAGCUCGACAGCAACUGGCUGCUCCUGAAGCAAGGCAUCCUGGAAGUGCCCACAUGGCAGGAAUGGACUGUGACUGAGGCUGCGGGUGGAAAGGUCGUGGGAGUUGACCCGACGCUGAUAUCGAACGCAGCGGCCAAGAAGCUCGCCGACAAGAUCAAGAAGAGCGGCGGCGGCGGCCUCAAAGCCAUCUCUGCCAACCUCGUUGAUGCCAUCUGGGGCGUCGACCAGCCGCCACGGCCGGCCGAGCCGAUCGUGCAGCUGGCGGGGAGCUAUGCUGGCAGAAGCAUCAGCGCCAAGCUGGCAGAUUUGCGGAAAGAGUUUGCAAAGACCAGCGCUGCCGGAUUUGUGGUGUCCAUGCUCGACGAAGUGGCCUGGCUGUUCAACCUGCGUGGCAACGAUAUUCCCUACAACCCGGUCUUUUUCUCAUAUGCCAUCGUGACGGCUGAUAAUGCGCUGCUGUAUGUCGACGAGUCCAAGCUCACGGCCGAGAGCCGAAGCUAUCUCGCCGAAAACAAGGUGACGGUGAAGCCGUACAGCGCCAUCUUUUCCGAUGCCACCGAGCUCGCAACAGCAGCAGCGACCGCGACGGAGGCUGCCGGCACCGUAUCGGUACGACCGAAGAAGUUCCUUCUUUCCAGCUCCGCGUCAUGGGCUUUGAAUCUGGCGCUCGGAGGAGAAAAAUCUGUGGAGGAAGUCCGGAGUCCGAUCGGCGACGCCAAGGCGAUCAAAAACGAUACUGAGCUCGAGGGUAUGCGCCAGUGCCACAUCCGCGAUGGAUCUGCGCUGAUUGCAUACUUUGCCUGGUUGGAAGAACAGCUCCAGAGUGGAGUGGAGCUGGACGAAGUGACAGCAUCCGACAAGCUGGAGGAACUGCGGUCAAAACAAGAGCGCUUCGUCGGCCUGUCGUUUACGACGAUUUCGUCUACCGGACCAAAUGCUGCUGUCAUCCACUAUCAGCCUGAGCGGGGGAGCUGUUCGAUUAUCGAUCCAAAGGCGAUCUACCUGUGUGAUUCGGGUGCGCAGUAUCUGGACGGGACGACGGACACCACACGCACGCUUCACUUUGGCACACCGACUGCUGCCGAGAAGAAGGCGUACACGCUUGUGCUGAAGGGAAACAUUGCGCUCGACGUGGCUAUCUUUCCCAAGGGCACAACUGGAUUUGCGCUGGAUGCACUUGCACGGCAGUUUCUCUGGAAAGAGGGCCUUGACUACCGUCACGGAACCGGUCAUGGCGUCGGCUCGUACCUGAAUGUGCAUGAAGGACCAAUUGGCAUUGGCACCAGAAAGCAGUAUGCCGAUGUGGCAUUGGCGAGUGGCAACGUCACGUCGAUAGAGCCGGGCUUCUACGAGGACGGAUCAUAUGGCAUUCGUAUCGAGAACAUGGUCAUUGUCAAGGAGGUGGAAACGACGCACUCGUUUGGGGACAAGCCGUACCUUGGAUUCGAGCACGUCACAAUGGUGCCGUACGCCCGGAGCCUGAUCGACGCAACGCUGCUCACUGAGCAGGAGAAGAAAUGGCUCAACGACCACCAUGCCGAGAUCGUGAAGAAGACACAAGGGCUCCUCCAGGACGACGAACGGGCAUUGGCAUGGUUGAUGAAGGAGACGCAGCCACUUUGA